AGCGGACUGGCUACGGGAGCACGCAGUCUCGAUAUUUUUUGGUGACGAGUCGACCUCUGUGCCUAUUGAUGUCAAAAACGGUUGGUACGUCUAUAUGAGAACGGGUGGGCAACAGGAGGUGAAGUUUCAGCCCCCCCCCAAAAGAGGCCUGUUUCAUAACGAGGGGAGAAAUCUCGCUACCUAUGUCGCGUCCGCGAAGGAGAUAGCUACCUACAUGCUGAGAGUAGGAGAAGCUCAAAUCACGUUGGAUAAUAAGCAGUACACGGUGUCCUUCCGUCCAUGGAUGACGGAACAAGAGCUGUGGGAGUGGCGGGAAGUGGCGAGAUAUAAGUUUUUUUGGAUACGAUGCCAAUUGGUCACGGUCGCAGCUCUUGUUCCGCUCCUUGGUGCCGUGGAGGACGCGUUUGGAAAAGUGGUCAGGGUACUCUCGGCCUACAAAGACCAAUCCUCACCAGAUCUCGUCAAUAUUCGUUUUGAUUUAGAGUCAGCAGCGAGACUACGGUACAAACGUUAUCUGGUGGUUGAUCUGGGGAAUGAUGGGCAACACUUCCACUCCGAAGACGACCCCGAUUGCCCAAAAAGGAAAGAGACGUCCUACGCGGACAAGGUGAAGGGCAAAGAUUCAAAUCAAGCGGGGAAAGUAAAAGACCGGGAAAAGGGGAAAACCAAAACCCCCUCCCCGGCAGGUGAGAAAGCUAAGGAUGGAGAGAAAGAGAAGUCCCCUCCCAAGAAUCCGACGAAUGGAAAGAAUCCGCUCCCCCCUGAGCCUGAGCACGAGGAAGGAAACGGGAAAGGGAACGGGAACGAGCGGGUAGAUAUCCCGAAGAAAGAUCAGGGAAACAUGACUACGGUUAGUGAGGAAGGUGAGAAAGAUCAGAAUAUGCGGAAUUCGGGAGGGCAACCUGUAGUCCCGGAGCAGGAUUCACACAUGGACGUCAAAGGAGUUGGAAGGGAGAUGAAAGGGUUGACAGAAGAGGAGAAGGGAAAGAGUGAAGAAGAAGCUUGGGACGGAAUGGAUGAGGAUAAAUGGGCAGGAGGAGAGAAACGGAAAAAGGAGGAAGAGGAGCCGGAAGAGGAGCUGGAAGAUUUAGUGGAAAAAUUACAGAGAGAAGACUCGACAGAAGACGAGGAAGAUGAGGUGGAUACAGGAAAGGACGAAAUGGAGGAAGAGAAGGACGACAGUGGAGUUGACAAGGCUCUCCAGUGGGAGCAUUCGUUCUCUUUGAGUGAGGAUGAGGAGGAUGUGGAGGAGGAAGAAGUGGAGGGAGUCAUGAUCCGGCUGAUGGUGAUGACCGAUGGCCCGAAUCCGGUCAACGUAUAUGACAACGCCACAUACGGUAUGAGUACUCCAGGCAAGGACCUGGAGGGAGUGACCACCUCCAGACAGUUACCUGGGAUUUCCUCCCCGGAAGAAGAAUUUGCAGAUUGCCGAGAAGUGAUCUCAACUUCAGAUAGAGAAGAAUCUGCGGACCGAAUGCCCGGAAAAAUCGGAUAGCCGCCGCGCGCGAGACUUAGUAUAAAACCGCGCGGACGCAGGGCUACCUCAUACCGACUCGCAAUGCAAACGU